UAGCGGCUGCAGCGUCAUUAUUUAGGGGAAAGGUCGCACCUGUCCACGGUUUUUAUAUUCACCUCUGGCUGAUUCAGAGUGCCAAAACAAAGACAUCAGUGGAGAAGUUUGAUCCUGGCCGUGGUGGGUUGCUGAAUCAACAUCAUGGCACUUCUCAGAGGUGUAUUUAUUGUAGCUGCCAAGCGCACUCCGUUCGGUACCUAUGGUGGCGUGCUUAAGGAUCACAGUGCAACAGACCUGGCUGAGCACGCAGCCAAAGCCGCCCUCGCUGCAGGGGGCGUGGCACCGGAGCUCGUAAACAGUGUCAUCAUGGGAAAUGUCAUGCAGAGCUCAGCCGAUGCACCCUACAUUGCUCGUCACGUUGGCCUGAGGUGUGGCGUUCCUAUCCCAGUGCCUGCUCUCACUGUGAACCGCCUGUGUGGAUCUGGUUUCCAGUCCAUCAUCAGUGGUGCUCAUGAGAUUUGCCUAAAGGACUCAGAGGUGGUCCUGUGUGGAGGUUCAGAGAGUAUGAGCCAGGCCCCGUACGCUGUUCGCAACAUACGAUUUGGUACAAAGUUUGGAGUUGAUCUCAAGCUAGAGGACACUUUGUGGGCGGGUCUGACUGACCUGCACAUCAAAAUCCCAAUGGGCAACACGGCGGAAAACCUGGCAGAGAAAUACGAGAUCACACGAGAAGAUUGUGACAACUAUGCAUACCAGACGCAACAAAGGUGGAAAGCCGCUCAUGAGGCUGGUUACUACACAGCAGAAAUUGCUCCCAUUGAUGUGAAAGCCAAGAAAGGCAAGGUGUCCAUGGCUCAGGAUGAACACCCUCGGCCUCAGACCACACUGGAACAGAUGGCCAAACUGCCCCCGGUCUUCAAGAAGGGAGGGACUGUUACUGCUGCCAAUGCUUCGGGUGUAUCUGACGGUGCCGCUGCAGUGGUGAUCGCAAGUGAAGAUGCGCUGAAUGAGCACAAACUCACUCCACUGGCAAGAAUAGUGGCGUAUCAUGUGUCAGGCUGUGACCCAAGCAUUAUGGGAAUUGGUCCCGUUCCAGCAAUCACAGAGGCUCUUAAAAAAGCCGGUCUGACUCUCAACGACAUGGAUCUUGUGGAGGUGAAUGAGGCCUUUGCCCCUCAGUACCUGGCUGUUGCUAAGGCUCUUGGGCUGGAUCCAGAGAAAAGCAACGUUAACGGUGGCGCUAUUGCCAUAGGACAUCCUCUCGGUGCUUCUGGAGCACGCAUCACUGCUCACCUGGUUCAUGAGCUCAGGCGACGAGGAGGCAAGUACGCUGUUGGCUCUGCCUGCAUCGGUGGUGGUCAGGGCAUUGCCAUUGUCAUCAAAAAUUGCUGACUGAAGAACCUGCCAGUAUCAGAAGAAUUCCUGUCAAAGAAUGUCCCACACUCCACUUGCAAUAAAAUUUAGUUCACACAUGCUAAAAAGAGAUUUUUUUUAUUUCCCCCGCAUACACAUAAACUGGUUAAUGUUCUAUCAACGUGAGGCAUUGCUGCUCGGGUUUCCCCUGGAACACAAACAAAAGUAUCACUCACGACUCAUUUUUUUCCUGCUUACUCUUGUUAUUUCUUUCAGUCUCUUUAUACAAAAUGCACAAUCAAUGUUUCAGUCCGGUGUUGCCUUGAAAAGCCCUGCGAAAAUAAAGAGCUAAUUCAUGUGUCUGACCGUUGUACCAGAGUGCUGCAAGAGUCUGUUUCUGUAUGUGUCUGAAACAAAGAGGUAGCUCCUUGAUCAGAUCAACCCAUGUAGCAUAUUAUUAACUCAUAAAGUGCAGUUCGUGGUGGGUUAGAGUGAGGUUUAAAGGAACUCUGAUGGUUGCCUUAAACGCUCUCUAUCACGCCUUUAUCAGGGAUUAUUAUUGCCAGAAAACAUGUCUGACCUGUGAUGGCUCCAGCAAAAACUGUUUUUUUGUAUUUCUUUGUCAGAGAAUCUCAGUAAAUUGAAUUUUUUUUUAAAAAUGGAAGUUUUCAUCUGCAGCCCUUGACAGCAGCCUAUGCUUUUUUUUUUAGUUUAGCAGGGAAUUGAGAUUUAACAAACAACUGCUACUGGUUUUUAUUUUAGUUCUAGUGGUAAUUUUUAUUCAAACAAA